UCUAACAUUUCGUGUAAACGCCACAUUAGUAAUUUUCUUGCACCAAAGAACACACUACCACAGCUGAUAUCGAGCUAAAUUUUGUAAACAAAAAACUUUAUGUAAUUAUUUUUAAAAAAAAUGACUGAAAAAGACCAAAAUUCGAAUGAAUCGAAUAACACAGCGAUAUUAAAAGAUGCAUGGGCGAUACGACCAUGCUCUGUCUAUAAAGAUGAAUAUGACGAUUGUACAAGCUUUAAAGCUCGCUUUCAUCAGUAUUUCAUACAUGGAGAGGAUACCGAUUGUACACAAUGGAACAUAGACUAUAAGAACUGUGUUCGGUAUCAGGACUCUAACGGUAACGAUGUACAGGCCGGCGCGGCCGUCAUACGAAGCGAAGAAGAAAGGCGGCUGAAACGUUUUCAAGGCCACUACGGCAAUACUGUUUGGGAGAAGAGAAAGGCUCCACCUGAAGAUUGGGCAAAACCUCUGCCAGAAUGGUUGGAAAAGAAAAAUGAGAAUUCUUAUUUGCAACUCAAACAAAUGGAAAUGGAUGGUCGCGCAGUACCUGAAGAUACUAAGUCAUAUUGUAUGAUAAUGUAGCGAAUAAGAAGCAAGUGGUUGUUUGUAUAAAAAAUGCAAAAUGUAACAAAUGUAUUUAUACUUAAAACAACAAACACCCUGAAA